AUGUUCUGCCCUCCGGUCAGUCAGCGGUCAGCGUGGCCUGGACACCUUCAGAUCAUCGAGGACUCUCAGCCCCACUCCUGCCCUGUCGCAGUCUCCCAGCUUCCUUGGCUGCCCACACAGAGUUCCACCAGCAGUCCGAACGGCUGGGUUCAAGGAAACAGCGCAACCAUUCCUCACCCGCCCCUGAAGAAACGGGCAGCGAGUGCGGGCAGUAAGCGGGUGACCAGCGCACCCCCCAUUGGCACCAGCAGCAGCAGCAGCCCGCCCACUCUCAGACGAGGAGCCUGGACUAAUACCCCGGGUCGAUCUGUGGGAAAUGGGGUCCCUUUUUGCAACUCUCAGAACCAGGAAAUGCUCUUGCAAGAGAAGGAGCAUAAGAUCCUCCGACUGGGAGAUGAAAUAAUCCGUCUAAGUGUUUUCGAAAGUGAGUCCAAGCGUAAAGACACCGUCAUUGCCAGCUUGCGAGAUGAGGUUUCGGCCUUGAAGCUGCAGAUAUCCCAGGUGACUCCCAGCCAGAGCGACUUGGAAAUCACGCAGCAGUUACUGACACUCGGCUGUGACAUUGAAGCUAAACAGGAGCAAAUUGAAACACUGAAAGAUGAGAUAACCAAACUUCAGAAGGGCCCCAGUGAGGUGAUGCGGCAUUCUCUGACUGAAAAAGACCUGGAGAUCACAAAACUGAAGAAUGAAACUGAAGACCUGAAGAAAGACAAUAAUAUUCUCUCAGGGCUGGUGACCAGCUUGCAGCGUGACAUCACAGCCAAAGACCAGCAACUGCUUCAGCUCCAAGCAGAGGGAGAGAAACUGAGGGCAGAGAUCCGAGACAAAGAGGGACAGCUAGCGGCCAUGUCAGCCAAGUUUUCCAGAUUGCGAGAAUCAAGAGGCCACCAGGAGGAGCUCGUGAGCAAAGAAAAGGAGCUGGUGACCCACAGGCAUAAUGCGAAUCAGCUGGAGAGGCGGAUGAAGGAGUUGGAGUCAGAGGUCAAGCAGCUCCGUAGUCAACAGGAUGACAUGAAGACCAGUGCAUCUGAGGAGAAGCAGGCCCGAGAGCAGCUUCAAGAUGAGUUGGAGAGGACCAGGCUACUGCUUCAGGAGAUGGGUCGAAGGGAGAGACUGGUGAGGGUCGACCUGGAGCAGGCCCAAGCCAAGCUGGAGCGAUUCCGAAGCCGUAUCAUGCAGACCACGUACUCUGCUCCAGGAGUUCAAUCUCCUACGGAGGCUCUUUCAGAUGAGCAGGUGAUUGAGCAGAUGAAGCACAUUAUCGAUGAGCGGGAGGAGUUGAAGGAGAAGCUACAAGGGGAACUGGAUUGGAAAGUCUCAAAGGAGGAGAAAUGGUUCACCAACAUAGAGGGCCUGAGGAGAGCACUCGAUGAGAUGCAGGCCCGUCUGCAGACUGACUUUGGGAACCGUGUGAAGGAAGAGCUUGAGAGGAUCCAAGAACUCUCCAUUGAUCAGAACCUUCUUUGGGUACAGAAAGCGGUCGCUGGCAUUUUAAGCCUCACGUUGUCGUGGCAACAGCAGUCAGAACAGAGCCUAUUGGAUGUAGGGAUAGAUACAUCCAGCUAUGAAGGAGGAAUGGUUGGAUACUUGCAGCAGCUGCAGGCGAAGCUUUAUGGGGCAGAGGAGCAGAUAAAGACAUUGCAGGGACAGUCGGAUCAGGAGCAGAGAUCCUGGGAGAGUGAGAGCAAGGAGCUGCUAAAUGAGCUGAAGGCAGAGUGGGAACGACAAAUGGCAGAGGAGAUAAGGCAUUCACAGGCAGAGGUUCAGGAAAGGCAUGACCAGCAACUGGCUGAGGUGGUGGCUCAGGAGAGAGAGAGGGGAACAGAAGCGGCAGAGGAGGAGAAGAGGAAGCGAGAGGAAAUGGAGCUGCGCCUCAAGGAAUUGAAUGAGCAACUGGCUGAGGUGGUGGCUCAGGAGAGAGAGAGGGGAACAGAAGCGGCAGAGGAGGAGAAGAGGAAGCGAGAGGAAAUGGAGCUGCGCCUCAAGGAAUUGAAUGAGAAUAUGAAGGUGAAGGAUCAGGAGAUAGAGGCUCUGAAACAGCAGCUGAGCAACAUGUCACAAGAACUCAAGGGAGCGAGGAAGAUUGAGGUUGAUUUGCAUCAGGAGCUGGAAGCUCAGCAGAGCCAUCAGAAAGCAGAGGUCGAAGGCCUCAGGGAUAAAAUCGAUCAGGACAGGCGCGGUCACCUGGAUGAGCUGGCAGAGUUCAAGGAGCAAAUCCGGCAGCAUUCCCGGACAAUCGUUGCUCUGGAGGAGAGACUGCUCACUGUUACUAAACAGCUCCAAGCAGGAGAGGAGGAAAGAGGGAUCUUGUCAGGAAAACUAAGGGAGGCUAAGGGGAAACUGGACAAAUGGGAAAGGAAUCGCACUGUGAGGCAGCCUGUCCAGUCACCACCAGCAGUGGCAGCACCAAACACAUCGGACACACAUGCCCAGGAACAGGCAUGUGCCUUACUGCAGAAGGAGUUAGCAGAGACUCGGGUCCAGGUCCUGGCACAGCAAGAUGUUAUUCUCGGGCUGAGACGAGAUCUAGCAGGAGCUAAUGCCAGAAUGUCAGACUUGGCAGGAGAGCUGAGCGAGAGGCAGAAAGUGGAGCUCGAACAGAACCGAGUAACGGUUAAGGGUCAGGAACUGGAGCUGAACACUCUACGACAACAUCUGGCCAAGAUGUCGCAGCUGGUGGACAUGAAGAGUGAAGAACUUCAGAGCAGGAACGGAGAGUUGAGGAACUGUAAAGAGAAGCUGGAGCAGCUGAAAGCAGCGAGGAAAGAGAAGGCGAUGCAGUGUGAGAAACUACAGCAUGAACUCGAUGAACGAGAUAGCCAGCAGCACCAGGCCUCCAUACACACUGAGGAUAAAGCGCACUCUGAGAUUGUGAUGCUUGCAGCACAGUGCAAAGGUCACCGUCACGAAGAGGUCAUUCAGCGACAGCGUGAGGCACUGGCUGAGCUACGAGCCAGGGUGAAGGUGCUGGAACAGAUUCCCACUUCUAGAAUCAGCCAGGAGCAGGCCUCCCAACACCUGACAGUUCUGAAGAAGGAGCUGACUGACCUGCAGUCCCAGCGAGCGCUCAGCGGGAGUGAAUCCUUCAGCAACUCCUCACCCAGUAACGAUUCAGCGAAACUGAAGCAAAAGGAUUCCUUCUGCAUUUCUGAAGCCUCCAUCGAUAGGACAGCACGUUUGGAAAUGUCUGAGGCCCUGGACCUCAGUGAAAGGACGUAUCUGGACCUGGUAAAGGCUCUUUCCAGCCUGCUCAGUGUGAAGGAACUUUCGGGGUCCCUCUCCUUGAAGCAUGUUCCACGGGAUGAGAGGGUGAAGCUUGGGAAAGUGCGGCAUAGGAACCUGGAGCUGGUGAACAGCCGAAUUACUCAGCUGAAGGGUCAGCUACAGAGGAAAGAUGAAUUGCUGGGGGAAUAUGAGAAUGACCUGCAGCAGCUCAGCAGACGGUCAGAGGUCACUCGACACAAGUGCCAAGCCAAUGUGGAGAGCUUGCAGGAGCAGCUACAGCGACAGAUUGAGGAGAACAACCUGAUUCGAGAGUCUCUGGAGCGAACGCAGUCACGUCUCGACCAAGAGAAGAGACUCAACAAAGUCAUUAAGCAGCACAAGACGUUUCAUUUGGAACAGAUUGAGAGAAGAGCUACAAAGUGCCCAUCUCACAGCUGCACGAAGGAGGAUAUUCACGGCAAAGCCGAGUAUCGGAAGAAGAUGAUGCAGGAGAAGCUGAAGAAGAAAGAUUAUGAGAUCGAAACUCUGAAGAGAGAGCUGAGGAAGCAGGACCAGGAGCUGUGUGACACCACCACACAGCUCGUCAACCUGCAGAACGCAAUGGAGAUGAAGCGGAGGCAGCUUCCGGAGGAGUGAGCAAUUCCAGAAAAUGCUGAAGCCGCCAUACACUUGUACACAUAAAUUCAUAUACACGCACACAAACUCACAUAAAAACACACACAAACUCAUAUACACACGCA